CUCGGCAGCGGGCAGCAGCUUCUAUGAAUUGGAGAACAGCGCUCUCGCUGCCACUUUCAGUUUCGCACAGAGCCACAGAGCGCGGUUGGAGCAGGAGCUGAGCUGAUGAUGGCAUUGAGAUUCCAAGAGGCUGAGUAACACGUGAAGUCUCACAGCUACUGCCUGGCAGACAGGAGUCCAGCUGAUGUGUAGGUGGUCAGAUGUGGAUCAAGUGCAUGCAGACGAAGCCGGAGACCUGGGAGGAGCUACAGGGUUUUUAUGACAUCAUCCAUAAAAAGAAGCCACAAGACUCACCCAUCAAUAGAGAAAAGGAAAGUUUUCUCAGCCACUCGAGGAGUAUCAAUAACCCCAGGGAUCUGUGAUCAUGUGACUAUGGGAGCAUGGUCAUUUACAUGAUCAUUGUUCUACCAGGAAGAUCAGCUGAGUCACAUACAACACCUUUUCCAGACCUGAGCCAUAGAAACAGCCCAUAAACUGAGGAUCAGAGGACAAAGUCCACACACUCAGGAGACCCUCUACAUGGGGACACCAGACCAUCUAUCAGGAUCCAAGAAGCCAGGGCCAGCUUCUGAUGGACUCCGAGAGCUUCCGACUGGGCAAUGAGAACCUGUGGGCCCGGCUUGUGAGACUGCUGAGCAAACACCCAGAAUGGCUGAGUGCCAAGGUUAGGUUCUUCCUCCCUACCUUGGACCUGGACUGCAGCCAUGAGGCCCCCAACCCCGAGGUCACUCACCGUCAGCUCAACAGGCUGUUCGCCCAUGGCCUGGCCACCUGGGAGUCCUUCAUCUCUACUCUGUGCAUCGAGCUGGAUGUGCCUCUGGAGCUGGAGGUACCACUCCUGAGCAUCUGGGGCCAAAGAGAGGAGUUCUCUAAGCAGCUAGGAGCAGGUGAAGAGAACUGUGCUGGACCUCAGCUGCACCAUGGUGUCAAACGUCCUUUUCAGAGCUAUGGGUCCUCACCCCGUCGGAAGAACAGCAAGAAGCAGCAGCUAGAGUUGGCCAAGAAGUAUCUGAACCUCCUGAAGAUCUCUGCCCAACAGCGUCAUGGUGGUUCAUGCCCGGGGGCAUGGCAUACUCUUGACUCCCCACAGAACUAUAUCCCCCCAAUUCUUCAGUGGAGCAGGGCUACAGCACCUUUGGAUGCUCAAGAGGGAGCCACUCUAGGAGAGCCCGAAGCAGCUGAUGACAUUGAUGUGAGCAUCCAGGAUCUCUUCAGCUUCAAGGCCCACAAGGGGCCUCGAGUGACAGUACUACUGGGAAAGGCUGGGAUGGGUAAGACCACUCUGGCAUAUCGGCUCCUCUGGAGGUGGGCUCACGGUCAGCUGGACUGCUUCCAGGCUCUGUUCCUGUUUGAGUUCCGCCAGCUCAACAUGAUCACACGGUUGCUGACACUGCCCCAGCUCCUCUUUGAUCUGUACUUGAGCCCGGAGUCAGAGCCUGAUGCUGUUUUCCAGUACCUAAAGGAGAACGCUCAUCAAGUCCUACUGAUCUUUGAUGGAUUGGAUGAAGCUCUCCACGCCGAUUCCAUGGGCACUGACAAUGCAGGCUCGGCCCUCACCCUCUUUUCUGACCUCUGCCAUGGGAACCUCCUUCCAGGCUGCUGGGUGAUGACUACCUCUCGUCCUGGGAAACUGCCUUCCUGUGUGCCCACAGAGGCAGCCAUGGUGUACAUGUGGGGCUUUGAUGGGCUGCGGGUAGAGAAGUAUGUUACCCACUUCUUCAGCGAUAUUCUGUCUCAGGAAUUGGCCUUGAAAGAAAUGAGAACCAAUGAACGUCUCCGGGGUAUGUGUGCAAUACCUGCGUUGUGCAGAGUCAUCUGCUUCUGCCUCCGCCGUUUGCUUCCUGAAAGCUCUCCAGGGCAGUCUGCAGCCCUCCUGCCCACCAUAACCCAAUUGUACCUGCAGAUGGUGAAAACUUUUAGCCCCAGCAGGACUCUGCUUGAAACAUCCUUGUUGGGCCUUGGAAAAGUGGCCUUUAGUGGACUGAACACUGGGAAGGUCAUCUUCUCUGUGGAAGACAUCUCUCCCAAACUGAUGGCUUUUGGAGCUGUCCACAGCCUCCUGACCUCCUUCUGUAUCCAUACCCAGCCUGGGCAUGAAGAAAUAGGCUAUACAUUUGUACACCUCAGCCUGCAGGAGUUCUUUGCUGCUCUGUAUUUGAUGGCCAGUGACACAGUGGACAAAGACACACUCAUCGAGUAUGUCACCCUCAAUUCCCACUGGGUGCUGAGGACCAAAGGUAGACUGGGUCUCUCGGACCAUCUCCCUACCUUCCUGGCAGGCCUGAGCUCCCACACCUGCCAAGCAUACCUCUGCCACCUGGCUCAGCAAGAUAAAGCCUGGGUGGGCUCCAGGCAGGCCGCUGUUAUCCAGGUACUGAGGAAGUUGGCUAGCCGAAAGCUCACGGGACCAAAGAUGAUAGAAUUGUACCACUGUGUGGCUGAGACCCAGGAUCUGGAGUUGGCGAGGUUCACUGCACAAAGCCUUCCCUUCCAUCUCGCCUUCCACAAUUUCCCUCUGACCCGUGCAGACCUGGCUGCACUGGCCAACAUUUUGGAGCACAGGGAUGGCCCCAUUUACCUGGAUUUUGACGGCUGCCCACUGGAGCCCCACUGCCCAGAGGCUCUGGUAGGAUGUGGGCAGGUGGAGAAUCUCAGCUUUAAAAGCAGAAAGUGUGGGGAUGCCUUUGCAGAAGCCCUGUGCAAGAGCUUGCCUACUAUGGGGAGCCUGAAGACGCUGGGGUUAACAGGAAGUAAGAUUACAGCCCAAGGCAUCAGCCACCUUCUACAGGCUUUGCCCCUCUGUUCUCAGCUGGAGGAGGUCAGUUUGAGUGACAACCAGCUCAAGGACCCAGAGGUGCUGAGUCUUGUGGAGCUGCUCCCUUCCCUGCCGAAACUCCAGAAACUUGACCUGAGCCGAAACAGCUUUUCCAUGUCAAUCCUCCUGCCCUUGGUGAAGGUGGCCAUCACGUAUCCUACUGUCCGGAGGCUGCAGGUCAGGGAAUCGGACCUCAUCUUCUUUCUGUCCCCGGUCACAAAGACCACUACACAGCAGUCAGGACCAUCAGAUGUACUAGGCAAAGACAGCCUGAAGGAAGGACAGAGUCAAAGCCUGCAACUCAGGCUUCAGAAAUGUCAGCUCAGUGUCCGUGAUGCAGAAGCCCUUGUGGAGCUGCUCCAGAAAGGCCCCCGGCUAGAGGAAGUGGAUCUUUCAGGGAACCAUCUGGAAGACGAAGGCUGUCGGCUUCUGGCACAGGCUGCGCUUCACAUUUCCCGGAAACUGGACCUCAGUGACAAUGGCCUCUCUCAGACCGGGGUGGCCUAUGUCCUGAAAGCCAUGAGCGCGUGUGGGACGCUGGAAGAGCUGCACAUCAGCCUGGUAAGCAACACUGUGGUACUCACAUUUUCCCAGGACCCGAGCGAGCAGGAGGGGAGCUGCAAGAGGAGGCCACCACUGACCAGCUUCAUGUCUCCUGUGACCUCCGAGUUGUCCCAGAGAUCUCGAAGGAUCAGGCUGACACACUGUGGCUUCCUGGCCAAGCACACAGAGAAGCUCUGUGAAGCACUGAGAGCCAGCUGCCAGUCCCACCACCUGGAUCAUCUCGACCUAUCAGACAACUCUUUGGGGGACAAAGGAGUGAUCCUACUAACCCAGCUCCUCCCAGGACUGGGUCCCCUGAAGUCCUUGAACCUCAGCAGGAAUGGCUUGUCCAUGGAUGCUGUGUUUAGCUUGGUCCUGUGUAUGUCUUCCCUGCAGUGGGUGUUCCACUUAGAUGUCAGCCUUGAGAGUGACUGCAUCUUCCUUCGAGGAGCUGGGACCAGCAGGGAUGCACUAGCUGGUGGACCAGAAUUCCUGGCUGGAGCCCAGUUACUGGAGUUGAGUCAGCGGCCCACCUCCAGGAGCUUCUGCCUUCAGGAGUGUCAGCUGGAACCCCUGAGCCUUGCCUACCUCUGUGCCACUCUGGAGAAGUGCCCAGGGCCUCUGGAAGUCCAAUUGUCCUGCAAGUCGCUGAGUGACGAGAGCCUGAAGACCCUGCUGCUGUGCCUGCCCCAGCUGCCUCAGCUCAGCCUGCUGCAGCUGAGCCACACAGUCCUGUCUUCAAGAAGCCCUUUUCUGCUGGCUGAUGUCUUCAACCUGUGCCCACGGGUUCAGAAGGUCAAUCUCAGGUCCCUAUGCCAUGCUGCUCUGCACUUUAACUCUAACGAGGAACAAGAGAGCGUGUGCUGUGGGUUCCCAGAGUGCAGCCUCAGCCAGGAGCAUAUGGAAACACUGUGUUGUGCACUGAGCAAGUGCACAACCCUCAGCCAGCUUGACCUCACAGCCAACCUGCUGGAUGACAGUGGGCUCAGGUACCUUCUGGAGUGCCUGCCACCGCUGCCCAUCUCUGGAUGGCUGGACCUCAGUCACAACAAUAUCUCUCAAGAAGGGAUCCUCUACCUGCUGGAAACUCUGCCUUCCUACCCUCAUAUCCAAGAGGCCUCUGUAAGUCUGGGAUCUGAGCAGAUCUUCCGGAUACGCUUCUCUGAAGAGGAAGGAGCUGGGACAACACUGAGGCUAUGUGAAUGCAGCUUCAGCCCUGAACAAGUAUCCAGAUUGGCUUCCAGCCUGAGCCAGGCCCAACAGCUGACAGAGCUCUGGCUGACCAGGUGUCACUUGGACCUGCCACAGCUGACUGCGCUCCUGAACCUGGUGAAUCGGCCAGCAGGGUUACUGGGCCUCAGGUUGGAAGAGUCCUGGGUGGGCUCUGUCAGCUUAGCAGCUCUAAUGGAAGUCUGUGCCCAGGCCUCAGGAUGUCUCACUGAGUUAAGCGUCUCUGAGACCCAAAGGAAGCUGUGGCUCCGGCUGGAAUUCCCUCACCAAGAAGACAAUUCUGCGGCCAUGGCUCUGAGGUUGGCUCACUGUGACCUGGGGACCGACCACAGCCAUCUUAUGAGACAGUUGGUGGAGACAUGUGCCAGACUGCAGCAGCUGAGCUUGUGUCAGGUUAGCUUCAGUGACGACGACAAUGGCACCAGAUCCAGGCUGCUGCAGAAGGUCCUGCUAUCAAGCUGUGAGCUGAAGAGCUUCCGCCUGACCUUCAGCCAAGUGAGCACAGAGAGCCUUGCCCACCUGGCAUCUGGUCUGAGACACUGCCACCAUCUGGAAGAGCUGGAGUUCUCUAACAACAGUGUCUGUGAGGAGCACACAGAGCUACUGACAGGAGCCCUUCAGGGAACCUGCAGACUGAAGAGGCUGCACCUCAGUCACUUGCCACUGGAAGCCUCCUCUCUGGCCUCGCUCAUUCAAGGGCUAUGCCGCCUGACCCUGCUGCAGGACCUUUGCCUGAGUCACAACCAGAUCGGAGACGUGGGUACCCAGCACUUAGCUGCCAUCUUGCCAAGACUGCCAGAACUCAGGAAAUUAGACCUGUCAGGGAACAGGAUUGGCCCAGCUGGGGGAGUGCGGCUGGUCAAGACUCUCACCUAUUUCGAGCACUUGGAGGAGAUCAUACUGGGCAACAAUGCUCUGGGGGAUCCCACAGCCCUGGGGCUGGCUCAGAAAUUGCCCCCACAACUCCGGGUCCUGUGCCUGCCAUCCAGCCAUCUGGGUCCAGAGGGGACCCUGUGCCUGGCCCAGGCCCUGGAGCAAUGCCCACACAUAGAAGAAGUCAGCUUGGCGGAGAAUAACCUGUCUGGAGGUGUCCCACAUUUCUCCAGGAGGUUCCCACUGCUUAGACACAUUGACCUGGUGUCCUGCAAGAUUAAAGACCAAGCUGCCAAGAACCUUGCCACCACCUUCAUGCUCUGCCCAGCCCUGGAAAAAAUCUUGCUGUCCUGGAAUCUCCUUGGUGAUGAGGUGGCUGCCGAGUUGGCCCAGGUCCUGCCUCAGAUGGGGCAGCUGAAGAGAGUGGACUUGGAGAAGAACCGGAUCACAGCAUGUGGAGCCCAACUCCUGGCUCGGGGGCUGGUCCAGGGAUCCUGUGUCCCAGUCAUUCGCCUCUGGAACAACCCCAUUCCUGCUGAAGUGGCCCAGAGUCUACAGAGCCAGGAACCCAGACUGGACUUCUCCUUCUUUGAGCAGCAGCCCCAGACUCUUUGAGGAACCCAAUGGACCUCUCAAGACUUAUGAGCCCAGUCCAGUGACAACCACAUCACCCACCAGCAGAGGGGCCUCAGAAGAACCUCAGUUGGGGCCCAGCAUCCUAUGAAAGCCCCAGGAGGGAACAACACAUUUUCCCCAUCACACUCCUUAGGGAACACAUUCUUAGAGACCGAGAGCUUUGAUCAAAAGAGGAUCAUAUAUAUCAUACAUAGCAUGUGUUACCAAUGGGACAUUGACAUUAUGAGAGUAUUAUGAGAACAUAUAUACAGGAAAUGCUAUAUAUGGUGCACCAUGACCUCUCAACAUGGGAAGGUCAUACUCAGUAGGUCAAAUGUGGCAUUACAUGGAGCAUGCGGCAUGACACCUGGUCAGAACCUCUUAGCACUGUCUCAUGAUCAGGAAUCCACUUAUGACAUGAUGCCCAUAUCACAUGACACUCAGCUUGCCAGGGGACCACAGACAAGUCUAAGACCUAAUUUAUUACUAUUUUAAAAGCAUGAAGUUAAGCUAAUGGUGUAGGCUAUGAACAGCCUUUUAGCUGUUCAGGAAUCUGAGGCAGAGGGAUUGCAAGUUCAAGGCCAGCCUGGGUAAUUUAGGAAGAUCCUCUCUCAGAAGGUCAGAAAGGGCUGGGGAUGUACGGCUCAGUGCUAGAAUGCUUGCCUAGCAUGUGAAGCUCAAUACUCAAUACCAUUUUUUUGUUUUUUUUUUGUUUUGUUUUGUUUUUGUUUUUUUUUUCGAGACAGGGUUUCUCUGUGUAGCCCUGGCUGUCCUGGAACUCACUUUGUAGACCAGGCUGGCCUCGAACUCAGAAAUCUGCCUGCUUCUGCCUCCCAAGUGCUGGGAUUAAAGGUGUGCGCCACCACCGCCCGGCCCAUUUUUUUUUUUAAAGUAUUUAUAAGGAAAUUCUGGAGAAACUUUUUAUCUUGUGCUAGAAAAUGGAGUUAAGUAUUGAGUGGCCCAAUGGUCAGAGGUCUGGGACAUGCCAAGGACUCAGUGUGAAGUCCCCUCUUGCCAGAGCCUCAACUCUCCCUUCUGUUAAUUGGGUUCUUCCAAGGACUUCCAGACCAGGCUUAGGAGCUACCCCGACCUUGGGACAGUUCACUCUCCUCUCUCCUUUCCUGGUUUAAGGGACAAAGCCAAGCCAAGGGUUUAGGGAUAGGUACUUCCAGGACAGUAGGCCUAGCCUACCCACUACCUCAGCAACCACUUGAAACUCCAUGUUGUUUUGUGUCUUCCAAAAGGGGAAAGGACAGCUUCAUAGCACUCUGUGUCAAAUGAUCAAUAAACACAGAUAAUCCUGCCUGCA